UUACUGGUCCUUAAAUUCCACGUCAUCGCCUCUACCGCAAAAAUGUAGACUCUAGAAGCAUCUCAAAUUCAAUACAUCUCUCUCUACCUCUAACUAGAAACGGAAAAUCUGAAUGCAAAAAUUCCAUUUUUUUUUUCUCUUCGUUUCUCUUUUCUGCAAUACAUUCAAUAGAAUUGUCAUUUGCCAAACAAUUGAUUCAAGUCCUUGAUUUCCAUUCAGAAUUUCGUAAUCGUACUUUCUCAUGGAGUUGAGGUUUCGAUCAUUAAAUUUGGCGACAUUCUUUUGUUUGGUUCUGAUUGGAACUCUGGUUUUGAAGUCGGCCGCAUUGGUUACCACUCAGGAUUCCAAUCCUCCAUACCCGAAAGCAAUUUCGGAUUUGAAGGAGGCAAUUGUGAAGGGAUUAGGGUUCCAAGCUGAGGAAUUUAAGAUAUCCGGGUUUGAUUUGAGGGACGCCCAGGUUGGAAAAUCGGUAGCUUAUGAAUUCGAUGUGGAAAUUGAUAAUAAAGUAAUGCCUUUUAAGCUGUUGGAGGAUGUGAAUCGUUGGGAAUACGUGGAUUUGCCCAUUUUCCAAACAGCGCAUUCGGUUAGGCCGGGUGAGGAAAACGGAUUAGUCGAUUCGAAGAAAUUUGAUGAUAAUAUGCCUGUUCUUGCCCCUUUCCAGCUGGCUGGUCCAAUGGAGUUAUGGAUUCAGGAUGCUAAGGAUAUGAGAAUCUCAUUACCUCAUGAAGUGGAUGCUGGUGUGCUGAAGAAAGUGGUUUUAGCAGAUGGUGCUGUAGUCACUGUCAAGGGAGCCAGAUCCGUUAGCUUGCGUCAUCCAAUUGAGCUACCACUUCCAUUUAAUCGAACCAGCAAUAACUUUGCUUCAGGUCUUUUGACCCUGGCUGAGUGGCUACGCAACGCUGUCCAGUCCCAGGAUGGCCCUCUUCUCUCCCUUCGCAUUGUUGGACCGACCUCACUCACAUCCCCUGCUUCUUCAUCGUCUUCCUCUAACAACCGGCUCAAGUUAAAGCGCCUCGCUCCUGGUCUCGUGGAGCUAUCCUCUGUAUCAAAGAGGAAAUCAAUGAAAGCCAGCAGCACAGCCAUUGAUCUCCAUGGAGAGGCCACUGCCCUUCUUGCGCCUGAUCGCUUCAGCACAUUGUGGCCUAUCACAUCCAUAGAUGGCUACAACUCCAACUUGCUCGGGUUCGAGGCUCUUCUGUCAUCCGUGCUGGGUCCCAAAGCGAGUAAGGAGGGUUCAUUCAAGCUUCUGAAGGCGGAUGUUUCGGCUCAGACUGUUGUGAAGAUGGGUUUUGUAGUUGAGAAGAAGACAGGACAAGGCGAUGGAUUUGAUAUCUCUGGUUUUCCGGAGUGGAGGACGAAACCGCAGUCUGUGAGGAUGCAUUUUGAGGUGCUGGGUAAGGUGGAGGGGAACAAGGUUGUGCCGGAGAGGGUGGUGCAGAUCAAUCCUGUGAUGGGAGAGGAUACUGUGGCGGAGAACGUGGUGACAGGCAACACGAGUAUGUCGAAGGUUCCUGUAGUGUACCAGCCACCUACUCCAUUUGCUCUGUGAAUUGAUGGUGUUCAUGUAUAGAUGUUUCUCUUAUUCUUUUUCACUCUGUUUUCGACAUGUGCUUCUGAUAUUUACAUAUUUGCGGCUGAAAAAGGCACAUUUUGUGAAGUUGUAUUAUAUGUAGCUUUCAGAACCUAAUGGCAGUCGUGUAUUCCAUAAUGCCAGGCCCCUCUCUCUCUCUCUCUCAAUUUGAGACAGAACAAAGUUUACAUAAAGCAUGGUGUAUCUUAACUAAUUGGGUUAUCAAUAUAUUCUCCUAUUUGGAAUUAGAAA